AUGUCAGCUCCUAAAUACUCCCGUGUACGAAUCUGCUCAUGUAAAGACGUAGAGCACCUAUAUCGCCUCCUCCAAGCUUUCAUCCAAGACCCAGCUCGCGCAAAUAUUGUCACAGAGGUCGUUAUUGAUACAAGUGACUGGAGACAAGCCGAGUGGCCCUUAUCAUACAAAGAUGAGGUCGAAGAAAGAAUAGGAUAUGAAGAACUUGCCGAUUCGCCAGAAGUCAGACUGCAGAGAUACGCUGGUCGCUUGGACUUGGAUAAUAAAACAAGUGCGCAGGUAAUUAAGACUCUUGAUAGGAAGCGACGAGAGCAUGCUCUCAGAAUUCGAAAUGAAAGCGAGUUCGCAUCUGCGUUGAUAAUUCUUCUCUUCUCCCUAUGCGAGAAUAUUUCCACUAUAUACCUUGCUGAAUGCCUCUACCAGCAACCUAUUCUGGACUAUCUACUACGAGGGAAUUACGGACAGAUGAGGAAUCCCCCACUGCAGAAGCUUAAAGAUGUCCGGUUUAUAAACAGUGUUUGGACUGACGAAAGAGUUUAUGGCACCAUCGAGAUCCUUCAAUACCUACAGCUGGUACAUCGACUGCCAGCUCUUGAAACAGUGACCAUGGACGCCAUCCAGUCAUAUCAAGCAGACCGCACUUUUUUUAUUCCUGGGACAGGCAAUAUGAAAAAGAUGGAAAUAACCCAUUGUGAUAUUCCUGGAGACUUCUUGGCUCUCAUAAUCUCAAUUCCCAAAGCGCUUGAAGAAUUCAAGCUUUCCAUAGGUGGCUUGUGGAGCACUGAUAGUGGACAACCUUUCGUCCGGCCGUUUCAUAUUGGACAAGCCCUCUAUGCGCAUCGAAAAUCGUUAAGACUGUUGGAUAUUGACCUUGAUAUGGUUGUCCAGAAUACAUCUGACCUAUUCUGGGAUACUAAAGAUGAGGAGAACGAGAACGAGAAUGAAUCUGAUUUAAAGUAUCAGUAUGACCAGUAUGGGCGCGAUCGGAUUGCUCUGGAUAAAGAUUUUGGGAUCAAGCCUGAAAGAAGUGAUUCAAAAGAAUAUGGGCGGACUAUUGGUUCACUUCACGACUUUCCUCACCUCACGCACUUGAGCAUCAGCAUUAUCACACUACUAGGGUCUAGAGAUGAACGGCAAACACCCAACCGGUUCCUAAAACCAGCACCCUUUCGACUGAUAGACGGUCUGCCACCCAGUCUGGAAUAUCUCUGCAUCUACGGAUAUGUUCGAGGGAACAACGUGGAUGUUGAUGAACAAAUUGAUGAGUUACUGGCCAGAAAGGAUGAGAAGUUAUCGAGGCUGAAAGCUAUCAAGGGCGUUGAUGAGCACAUACCGAGUUUUAGGGAUAUUUAUGGCGAUGGAGAUGAGCCUGGUGAGGAUGAACUGUAUGUGAGGGAGAGUUUGGACUUGGGAUGGAAGCUGGCGUGA